UUUGGCAGUUGACUACAGUCGAUCCGAUCCACAGUGAUCCGAUCCGAUCCGAUCCAUCGGAUCGUGGUCGGAUUUCUCCCGCUCCUCGUGUUCGCGUAGUGGAGUUAUUCCGGCUUCAUUUCGAUUAUCGCCAUGCCUCGCGCAUCAAAGCCUCCUCCGUCGCACCAGAAGGAGACGAGGAAACGAGCUGCCAAAGGCGAGGAUACUGGGAACUCUAAAGCCAAAAAAGAUACUAAAGAGACUAAAGCCAAGAAGGCCAGACUCGAAGUACCCAAGGCAAAGCGGCGGGAGCUAGUGGGACAGGCUUACUCGCUCGGAACGGGUGACGUGGGACAACUGGGCCUGGGGCCUGAUGUCCUGGAAAAGUCCCGACCUGCACUGGUGGCUGGCCACACAGAUGUAGUGGACGUCGUGGCUGGUGGCAUGCACAGCCUCUUGCUCUCCAGCACCGGACAGGUGUUUUCGUUUGGGUGCAACGACGAGGGUGCCCUGGGACGCCCGACGUCGAGCCUGGACGGCUCGGAAACGACGCCAGGCGCCGUGGAGCUACCCGAGCCAGUGACACACGUCAGCGCGGGCGAUUCUCACUCAGCUGCCCUGACGGUGUCGGGCGCAGUCUUUGUCUGGGGAAGCUUCCGAGACUCCAGCGGCUUCAUGGGGCUUCUUGCUGCUGGCAAGAGUGAACCCAAGCCCGUGCACAUUGCCGACGGCAUUGUGCAGAUAGCGUCUGGCAACGACCACCUAGUGCUGCUGAGCAAGGACGGCCGCCUGCUCACCCUGGGGGACGCCGAGCAGGGACAGCUGGGCCGAGUAGCUCGCUGCUUUGCAUCGCGGGGGGGUCGCAAGGGACUGAGCAACCUGCUCCAGCCAAUGCCUGUGGUGGUGAGCAAGCCCCGGGGAUGCUCUUCGGCGGCCUUUGACCACGUCUGGACGGGCUCCUAUGUGACCUUUGCCCGGAUGCGGGACAAUGGGGCCUUGUACGGCUUCGGCCUCAACAAUUACCACCAGCUGGGGUCACUGGCGAGCACGUCGAGCGGCGAUCUAGUCCAGUUCAUGCCCACUUUGCUUACCUCCUGCACGGAGCACAGGUGGAAAAAGGUGUGCGGCGGCCAACACCACACGAUGCUGCUGGACGAGGAAGGCGGUGUGUACGCCAUGGGGCGCCACGACUACGGACGCCUGGGUCUGGGGCCUGACUGCACCGAGCAGGAAACUCCUCGCAAAGUGCCCGGCUUGCCGCCCUGUGUCGACAUUUCCUGCGGAGACAGCGUCUCGUUUGCUGUCACUGCGGAAGGUCGGGUGUUCUCAUGGGGCCUUGGCGACAAUCUCCAGCUGGGCCAUGGUGAUGACAGUGAAGAUGUGCACGAGCCCAAAGUCAUGACUGGGAAGCUCAUCUCAUCGAAGAAAGCCCUGCUUGUCUCUGGGGGUGGCCAACAUGCUCUCAUACUGGCCAUAGACUCCUAGGGUAGCACUAGACCAGAGUUCAUCCGUUUUAUGUUUUACUUGUUUGACAUUGAUCAUUAAGAUCAGCAAUGCAUGAAGAGUCCAAACAAGAGUAAUACAAUUAACUGACCACCAGAUGCAUUUUGAAUAAACAUUUACAGUCUCUCCA